AUGUCAUCAGUUAAAGUGGCAGUUCGUGUGCGGCCCUUCAAUGACCGUGAGAAAAACAUGAACGCGCAGCUCUGCAUUAGCAUGGAGGGGAAGGCCACAACAAUUGACAAUAUCGAAGAGCCAAAGGGCGGGAAAAAGACCUUUUCUUUCGACUAUUCCUACUGGUCCCACGAUGGCUUUGAAAAUGAUGAAACAGGCUACUCUCGCCCCAUUAGCGCGAAAUAUGCAGAUCAACAACGCCUAUACAAUGAAAUAGGGAAAGACGUGCUUAACAAUGCUUACGAAGGCUACAAUGCAUGUCUGUUUGCCUAUGGCCAGACUGGAGCUGGUAAAAGCUACUCUAUGGUUGGAUACGGAGCGAACAAAGGCAUCAUUGUUCGUGCUUGCGAAGAGAUAUUCGCGCGUAUCGGUGCAAAUACAGACCCUAAUCUACUAGCCGAGGUGCAAAUAAGCAUGCUUGAAAUAUAUAAUGAACAGGUGCAGGACCUUUUGAUGCCAAUAGAAAAAAGGCCCAAAGGAGGCCUCAAAAUCAGACACACCCCACAGCUCGGAACGUUUGUUCAAGAUCUCACAAAGUGCCCAGUUGAUUCUUAUGCCGCUAUCCAAGCAAAACUUGAUGAAGCUGGCAGCGGCAAUCCAGUUUCACAGAAAUCUUCCGAGAUAAGCUUGGUGGACCUUGCUGGGAGUGAACGAGCUGGAUCAACGGGCGCAACAGGAGACCGUUUAAAAGAAGGGUGUGCUAUCAACCAAAGCCUGAGUGCUCUAGGAAACGUCAUAUCUGCUCUUGCAGACAAAGCAUCAGGCAAACUCAAACCGGGGCAGGUUAUUCCGUAUAGAGACUCUGCUCUCACACGCAUCCUGCAGACGGCUCUUGGGGGUAACAGCAAAACAUGCAUGAUCGCCGCCUUGUCUCCUGCCACGGUGAACUAUGAAGAAACCCUCAGCACGCUCCGUUACGCAGAUCGAGUCAAGCAGAUUAAAAACGAAGCAACUGUCAAUGAGAACCCCCUUGAAAAGCUUAUUCGGGAGCUUCGAGAAGAGAACGAAAGGUUAAAGACAGCUAUGGGUGGCGCCUUGCAAGAUGCCGCACCUAGCGCAGCGGCUGACCCUCAAAUGAUGGAGGAAAUUCGAAGACAGUACGAAGAAGAGCUGGAGGCAAACAGAAGGGCGCUACAAGAAAUGACAAUGUCAUGGCAAGACAAGCUCGAAGCUGCAAAAAAGAGGAGACCUACGGGUGUAGAAGUCAGGGACACAGAAAAACUUACGAUACCCUAUCUCAGCAACCUCAAUGAAGACCCGCUUCUGUCGGGAAAGAUCGUUUUUGCACUGAAGGAAGGCGAAAGCACUAUAGGGAAGGCGGGGGGAGAUGUUGAGCCUACUUUUCGCAUUGGUGGCCUGGGAGUAUCCCCCCUGCACGCUGUCGUUUAUGUAAGACAGAGCCGAAUGGAGGAAGACGAGAGAGGUGCGGCAGUUUACGAAGUGCUGCUAACAGCGCACGGCAAGACAUCCAUCAACGGGAUUGUCCUCAGGGAGAACGAGUCAAAACGUUUAGAGCACAAGGAUAGGAUAAUUUUUGGGCAUAACCAUAUGUACGUCUUCGUCGACCCAGCAGAUAUGGACAAGACGCUCCCGUCCUGGGAAGAGGGUAUGAGGGAGGUGACAAAAGAUGUUAUGGAAGAGUGCGCGACUCAACAAACUCCCCAGACCAAGCUCGCCGAAAUCAAAUACCGGGAAAAGUGCGAAAAACUGCAAGCGGAUGUGCAGCUUUUCGAAUCUGAAAAGAAGGAGCUGCUUAGGAAGAUCAAGGAUAAAAAAGCUCUUGUGCUCGCCAGUGAAGAAGACCAAGCAGAAGCAGAGAGAAAACUGAAGUUGAUUGCGGCCGAAAAAAGAGCUGCGCUGCAGGAAUUAGACAGAAAGGAAGAUGAGUUAAAAGCAAGGCGCCUGUUAUUGGAAAGGGAAAAGGAUGAGGAAGCAAAACGGCAGGAUGCUGAGAGGGCCGCUCAUGUUUUCCUGCAGGAGGUCAUGGGCAGAACAGCGCUUCUCGUGGAGGAAGCUAAUGGCUAUGCCCAGGAGCUUGGAGUAGGGGUUUACUUUUCGCUAAAGCUAAAUGCCAAGUCAAGAAGUGUUUGCGGCCUAAGGAGUACCCUGAUCGGAACAUCCUUACAACAAGCAGAGAUCGUAAUCCGCGUGCAGAGAGUGGAUUCAGAUGUUGUGCAACUAUGGAACUUGGACUUAUUCGAAAAAAAGGUUUUUGACAUGAGGGAACUGUAUACACAGUGGGCGGCGGGAUCAAGAACAGAGCCGUAUCUAAAAGAGGGUGUAAAAGACCCUUUCGCCUUGGAUAUGGAGAGCUACCAGGUCAUUGGAGAAAGCUACCUAUACCUUGAUACAAUUCGCUGCCUCUUGCCUAUUGAUUCAGAAGUGUUCCCCAUUAUUGGUGCUAAUGGAAAAGCUUGCGGCAAGCUUACCCUUUCCACUUCCAUUGAAGUUACACCAACGUCUGACGAAACCGAUGGGCAAGAGCAAGAAGUAAACAUAGACGCUCUUCAGUCAGUGGUAGACAUCAAAGGUCGCGAGAUGAGCUUCACUAUUGUAGUGGAUGAUUUCACAGUUGAAAGCCUUAGUGGUGCCCUAGUAUUUGAAAUUAGCGGCAAAAUGGUUGAGAAGAAGCCCAAGACGAAACUGCGAAAGUGCCACGCUGCGAAGACGGCAAACUCUGCCAUGUUAAAGGAGCUAGAAGAGAGUACCAAGACCUUGCAACUUUUAGAACAGGCUCUAAACAGAGAAGGGAAGUCGAUUCAAGACCUUGUUGGCUCAUUAUGA